GGAGAGAGGAGGGGGGUAGGAGGAGGGACGGGAGAUGAGAUGUUUGCUCCCUGCCUCAGCAUUCUGACAAUGCCUUGAAAUAUCUUACUUUUGAUCAGUUUAUUUCUGGGCUGAGAAUCACACACAGGCACACACACGGCAGCUAUGGACAGAGCUGGGAGGUCUGACAGUUAGACAGCUCUCUGCACAGACACCCACAUUACUCCACAUUUUCAAUAAGCUCUGCAGGGGGCUCUCAUUCUUCCUUGGGAUUGUGUGUGUGUGUGUAAUUUCAUCCUGACGACUCCAUGGAGAAAGUCCAAGGAGAGAACGACACGGAGAGGUGGGAUAGGCUGGAAGAGAUUACGGAGAGCGAGAGAGGUAUUAUCAAGGAGACCUGGGCACGCGUGUACGCCAACAGUGAGGACAUCGGGGUGGCUAUCCUGAUCAGGUAAUUCCAGGCAAACCAAUGAAGCUCUGCGAUCUCGUUCUGCCAGUGGAACACUCACAUGCACGCACACACACAAAAAGGUUCCCUCAUUCAAUCUGCCAGUGUCAAGCAUACAGAAGAGCAGCCUCAAUCUGUCAUUAAAUCAGGGUGAGGGAGGGAGGCUCCCACAGCUUGACAAGCUCAUUCACAUAGGAAUGGGAAUACUGUAGCCUGUGACAAGCUCAGGUAGACCGUAUUCACCAGUUUCCCACAGUCCAUUUACAACUGGGGGGGCAGAGGGGGGAGAGAAUUUUUUUGUCAUGCUGACAGUGUCUACCUAACUCUGUACCUGUUUAACUCAUUCGUAAGUAACACUUCUAUAAUUUUAGGAGCAAUGAUUCUAUAUCUAUCAAUUUUACACAUAUAGAAGUACAGGCUCAUUUAGCUUUUCAGUAUCAUGUUGGGCAAUUGUUUUUAUACAUUUUCUUUUUUCUUUGCCAUACGCUUUUUCCACCAGAAUAUUAAGUAAAGUUAAGGAGGAAAAUAAUUCCGUAGGUUUAAGUGCUACCGCUUUGAUAAUAUUGUUAAGCCUAUGGAAUAUGUUGGCGCUAUAUAAAUAUCAGUAAUAUUAAUAAUAAUAAUAAUGUGGUGAAUAAUUUAUGGUCAGGGAAAGGCUUUAGCAUUAUAAUUUUACAAAAACCACCAGGGAACUAAAUCUUUGACCACUGACUGAUGUGUUUAUGUUAAAUAUGCUAUUUUCUUCUUCUCCUCUGUCUAAAACUUGGCAUGAUAGAAAGCAAGAGAGGCUUCUGGGAAAAGACCGUGCUACUCUGUGAAUGUUCAAAGGUGUAGGGACUGAGCGAGGACAAAACGUCUUCUGUUCUUUAACGCUUGCACUGUUGACUAAUUGCAUGCGAAGCUGCUAGGACAACUUGUGUACUCAGUCAGAGACUGGGGAGAAACAUGAGAACCGGGGGAAACACAACAGGAAAAUAAAAAGAAAGGGAGGUGGAAUAGCACAGAAGCAAGCUCAUUGAAAGACUGGAAAGGCAAUGACAGUACUAAAGAGUUACACGUAACAGAGGGACACUCUCAUCGCAUCAAUGUCACAUUCACAUUGGAGCGCACACAGAGGCGAUCCUUAAAAAUGUAACAAUGACCAAUUCCCAAGUCUGUUCAGAUCUCAUAGCAGACGUAGGCAGCCUUCGGCACUCCAGAUGAUGAGGACAACAUCUCCCAUGAUGCUUUGCCAUCAUUAUGGCUAUAAUAACACUCUGGGAGAUGUAGUCCAAAACAUCUGGAGUGUCUAAGGUUUGCCUACCCCUGUCAUAGUGUGUCUGUAAUACAUAGGAGCAACUGUAUAAAUGGCUAAUAAUAGUUCGACCUGGUAAUUUGUAAUCUGUGGGUUAUAUGUCAAAUUUCACCUGAGGACAAAGUGAUGGUCUAAAGGUGACACUAGAGUAGAAAUACCAAAUCUGGUCAGUCUAUCUUAGAUGCUUCUGAUAAACACCCUGAAAUGCAAACUUAAAGUACCGGUAUAUUUUUUAGUCUGAUGUUUUUGAUUGUCACCCCCAAAUGACAGCACAUAGUGAUAGUCAUAAGAGUGGAAGCAUAUAUUCUACAACCACAUACUUAAAAAAAAGUUUUGCACAAACCUCUCUCACAAAACAGGAAAUUGCUUAGUCAAGCAAAUUUUUAUGUUUUCUGUAUAACCGCAGUUUUAAGUACCGGCUGUUAAUGUUUUACACACAAAUUGGGAACAGACUACUCCAAGACUUUUUAACCUUUUUUUCACAGGGAGUCAAAUUAAAUUCAUGACAUUCUUAAACAUUAAAUUUACAUCAACUGACCCCUUCCACAACUGCAUCAACAAUAACAAAAUGAGUUCAGUGAUACACUUUCUUUACACUUUUCCCAGUGUUAACGAUGUUUCCAUUGUAUUUAGAAAGGCAGUGAUUCUACAGUAACCAAUCUACUGUGUGUAGUUACCUGGACCUGAUGAAUAUGAUGUGUUUGUUCUGACAGCAGGACAUACUGAAAUAGAACAGGAGUUCAUUUUAGAUCAAGACCCACUGGACUACACCAUUUUCUCUCUCUCGCAUAAAGCUUACACUCAUUCAUAUGUCCAUAAACCUAGCUAUAUAAACACCUGUGGGAUUAUGUACUGAGAUAUUAGUACGAAAUAGCUGAAUUUAAAAAGAAAUCUCCAAAUCUUCUGUUUUUUCAAACAUGGCUUUUUUUGUUUACAAUUUGCUAUUUUCUACUCAAUCUUCUACAAUUAUUGGCUUAAUGAAUAAUCUCUUUAGUCUGUUAAAAUGCAGCAAAUAACUGUAUUAUCUAAAGCCACACAUUAAAUAUUAGGACUAAGUGCAUCAACAUAUGAUGUCAACCCACAACUGGGACACCUAAAUCCAGAAGACUCAGUGUGUUGUCUACAGUGACAUUCAUACACACUAACGCUCCUCCUGUUCUCAUGCAGGUGCCUUUCCUCUAUUUAUAUCACAGACACUUUGCCGUGUACCCUACAGGCAAUGACAUACAUAAGGACAAAUAUUAUAAUGUGAAAGGCUAUGUGGAUAUCGUAUAAUAUGAUAUGCCUUACCCUUUUCACAUAUCAUGCAUACACUUAUUCACAUAUGUUUAGAUGAAACACACAUAAAACAGACACGUACUCGCACACAAACAUAAAUACUCUAAUCUAAUCUACAAGCAUCCCAGACUGAAUAACUGGAUUGCCUUUGAUCUCUGAGCUUCACACUCUAAAAUUAAAUGUUACACAGUGACAAGGACCCUCUACUGGGUUUAUUGAGGCUGAUUCAUUCUUUAAUUAAGCCCAAUUGGAUUUUUUUUCCAACUCUGCCACAGUAGCUUAAUUUUGCCAAUCAAAUCUUAAUAACUGAAUGUUACCUAAAUGAUGCAAGCUGAUUUUACUACAGCACAUUUAUAGGAAAGGGGUAUAUUUAGUUUAUCUGUAUCAAAGUGAUGGAUAUUAUGUGUAAAAUUCUAAAUUUCACAGGCAUAGCGUGGAAGGCCUUGCUUUGACAUUAUCACACUCAAUCAAUAAACUGUGGAUUGUCAGGAAUUAACAAGGGGACUGCACAUAGUAGGCCAAAAUAGCCUUGUUGCGAAAAAUAGCUUUUUUGGAAAAAUGAUCAAUUCAACUCUUUUGGCCUAUAAUAUUUAAUACCCUGGUCAAUUCCUGACUACUUUAAGUUUAAUGACUGAUCUUACAGCAGUUUCUUUUAUUAUCUCUGAAUCAUACAGAGGAACAUGUUUUGUACGUAAGACUAAUGCACACAGCAAUCACUCUACUCUCAGUGAUUCUGUAUUUUUUUACAUUCGUAGUCCUUUUGUUGAGUACUAUAGCAGUCUGUCAAAGUCACUCAAGCAGAAAUACCAGAUAAAUACCAGUACAGUUAUACAGCCAUUCCCAUACAUAAAUGAAGAGGGCUACUUACGCCAUUUCUAGAGUCACACAUAAACACAAAUGGGCACACGUUACUCUGUCGGAUAGAUUACGGGUUCUGUGGGGUUUCACCACAUUUGAUGUGGUAUUUUGGGCAAAUGUUGAAAACACCCUUAACCCCUUAAGGACACAUGACAUGUCUGACAUGUCAUGAUUCCCUUUUAUUCCAGAAGUUUGGUCCUUAAGGGGUUAACAAGAGUACUGUUUAUUUGGCUUUGGAUAUCCAGAUUCUGAAGGGCAGUAUAUUUAAGAUUUUACAGCAGCUGAAAGUAGAAUAUUCAAUUAUACAUGCCACAAACCUAAAAAAGGUUCCAAAACGUAGACAGCAUGGCAAAAUAUAUGUUAGAGAUUCUUAAAAUCCUCUAAGGUAGCAAGCUGCUUCCGGGUCGGUGCCAAGUUCCCUGCUUUUGUUAGCAGAUGAGUGAGCAGAACUGUUUAGGACGAGUAUAGAACAAUGACAGGACUGUUUUAAAAUAGCCACAUUUUUUGUCACAUGUCCCACAAAAAGGAUGCAGCAUGUAGUGAGGGGGGGGAUGCAGAGGAGCACAUACACAAAUCGGAACCUAGUCAAUAGCUGUCCCCUGUUUAACCACUGUUUCUAUACCUUUCUACACCCCUCCUUCCUUCCAUACCUGUUCCCUCUUUCUACAUGUCCCCUUCUCUCUCUCUCUCCCUCCAUCUUCCUCCCCUUCUUUAGCUGCCUCCUGCUGCUUUCCUGGCAUCUCCUGGACCAUUUGUGAAUUAGCCGAGGGCGGAAGUUAUAAUUACAUAGUUAAUUAGCGUAUGCUCAUUAAAUUGGAAUUACAUGCUGACUGUGAAGGGACAGGCCCUGCCACAGCGUGUAUGUAUUAAUAUAUAAUGUGUUUAUAUAACAUAUAUACUUGUGGGUAUUCAUGCAAUUAAUUUAUCACAGGCCCCUCUGGACAUAAAGUGGUUAACCCUUUCACCAUCACUUCACCAACACAGCUCUAACCACCUUAUGGCUGCUCCUAUAGCAUAUCUUCUUGCGAAAUCACACCCACAAUGCAUCAUGGAAUGAACCAGGCCCCUAUUCCCAGUUAUUGAACAUGUAAUUCAGACUGCAGUGCAAAUAUUGAUGUACUAUAUAAAAUGUGCUAUCUUCAACUUGUGUAAUAAGUCACCCAAAUGGUAUAUAUUCUGUAGACAUCUUUUAGCAAGGCAGCAAUGUAGCAUCCAUUGGAUGUAUAUAAACAAACAUGCAUAUAUGUGUAACACAAACACAUUGAAAAUGCAAACAUAACUGGGUAUCAUUUUGGAGAGAAUAUAUUUUUUUUAUUUCUUUUUAUCUAUACGUUAUUAAUUUCACAUUAUACAUUUUUUGACCUUCGUGUAAUUCAUGUAAGAAGUUAAAAUAUGGAGAAUUGAAACAGCAAUGCCCACAGCUUUACAGCCUCCUCGUGAUGCAGUGCAUCUCACAACUUUUAGCAUUUACCCACACACUAAUGUGGUUAUUCAUACAAGACCGGAUUUUGUUUAGUUGGAUGAAAUCCAGUGAAAAUGACUGAAUUCCGACCAUACUGGCAAUUCUCAUAUUUACUAAAGCCAAAUGCUGUCGUAAUUCGAUUGCUAAUCUGCAGCAAUCACCUGGAUGUAUUCGGUGUCUGAUUUAAAAUUGGUGCCUUUGCAGCCAAAUCCUAUACAAAGUAUAGGAUUUGGAAUAUUCACAAAGUACCUGAAUAUGGUAUGCCUCCUGCAGGAUGUACAUUCGCAAUUUAUCGCUCACUUGCUGUUUUACAAGUGAUUAUAAUUUUAAUAACUAUUCGCAGCUAUGAAAUAAUAACAGAAUAGCACUGGUUGAGGGACAUUAAAAAAAUAAGGGGGGGUGGCCUGCUUGUGAACCGACCGUCCACUCCAGAACCAUCCAUUGGUUACGUGUGGGGCAAUAAUUAUAUUAUUAAAGAGGGGACAUAGUGUAAUCACCAGAAUUCCUCAGAUUGGCAGCAUUUGAGGGCCCUAAUUAUAAUAUUCAGGCAAGAGCACUUAGUGUCACACUCAAGCCCCCACCCAUAAGUGGAGGUAGGAUGCUGUAAAUAAUUAAACAAUAGGGGUGAAUAUUCAGAGCCUGAAUUGCAAAGUCCGGACAUUGUGAUAUUGCAUAACAUUUGAACUUCAGUGAAUAACCCCAUAACAAUUGUGUAAUAUCUUGUAAGUGUUUGGAAGGCUUUGCAUAGUGCUCAGAAACUCAUGUUGGCGCAUGUUUGGACAGGUAUAGACAGAUAGUUUGUAAGUAAAACUUCCAGAGUGGUAGGCAAGUGGCUAGGCGUUAGGUGCCAGGGGGGGCCAUGGUUUUUGCCAAAGCAAUAUAAUUCUCCUUGUACCAUUGCGACUGAAAUGAGUUGUAGUAGUUUUGAGGUACCUUUAAUUGUCUUUUACUGGGAUUUCUUCAGUUUUUAUAACCGUGCAAGUUUUAUGUUAAAAACACUUUUAUAAGUCUCUUCAUCUUUCCAGAAGGACUCAUAACGCCUAUAGCAAAUUGGAGUGGUUAUGGUUUUAUGAAAGCCACCCUUCAGUAUUAAGUGAAACUGCUUUGGAGUGCGUUCCCUAAGACUCAUGGCUCCGCCUCUAUGUACCUUAUGAAUAAUGCCGAAAAAUACAAUUCUGUAUUAUCCAUACAAACUUGCCCAACCUUGCACUGAAGAAAGGGCUGGAGCAAUUACCACAGAAACCAACAAGAUGUUAAUGCUGAUUGCUCCCCUUUUAGUACUUGCUCUUUACAUUAUAGGCCACAGUUUUCUUUCCUGCAUUAAGGAUGCAUUCAGAAGAUUUUCAUCUCAAUUUAAAAUGCAAUACAAAGAAGUUGAGAUAUAAUGAUAAAAGUAAAAUAAGAAAACAGAUUAAAAAAAAUGAUGAAUUUUACUCUUUUUCAGGCAAAUAUGACAACAAACAGACAUGUUUAUUCGUUGCAUAGUGAAUCACAGUGAAUUGAAAACAGACUUUCAAAAUUCUCACUAAAAUAGCUAGGUUGUGAUUAAAGGUAAUUCACUUCAAUUCAUUCAAAUUCACAAUUUAAUAAAUAAACUCUUUCCAUGAAAUUGCAGUGAAAAUGCACAAUAAGCCAAAAUAGUUAAAUGUUGAGGAACAUGCUACUGGUUUCUAUGGUGAUUGUUCCAAAUUUAGCACUUUCCCUCAGAAUGGCACCUCAAUAAAUAUCCUCUUUAAUCAGCUAUAUUUUCUGUUUGGUUAUUUUUAUGUUACAAAGAUAAAAGGGGCGGAAUAACUGAGCCAAUGAAAGAAUCCAGGUUUGACCAAAUUAACAUUGGUAAUGCGGAAUGUAAAUUGUUCAUUUGUAAUGCGACCAGCAAGGACGUAGUCUCCAGAAAACCCAUUUUAUGGCAAACUGUUACUAGAUGUUUUGAUCUUAAACUAUUCGAUAACAGCACAACACUCCAUCGACAUAACCAUUAUAUUGGUUGUACUUCUCCGGUUGCUUUACAAUUACAAUUCCCUGGUGAAUACCUGACAAUUUAGUGAAUUUGUUUUUUAAAUCACAGUUUAGUAAAAUGCCUUGACGUGGCUCCUAGCAAAUUGCAAAUUUACUAAUAUAUUUCAUCCACUUAAUUAUUGAAAAUAAAUCUCAAGUGAGAUCAGAAUUAGACCAAAAUAUAAUUCAUAUAAAAUGGUCUUGAAAUAAAUCAUAAAAUGAUUUCUGAACAAUUCCCGAAUAAAUAAUUUAGAGUAGGAUCCAGCGUAUCGCUAAGAAGUGUGAGGUUAUAAACAACAGUGAAUGAGCAUAAGCUUGUUUACCUGCAUUUUGGCCUAUCCCAUGUUGUGGGAUUGGGAAAAAACUUUAAACACCUAUCAACUAGAUCAAAGGUAGGCAACCUUUGGCACUUCAGAUGUUGUGGACUACAUCUCCUAAAUUGCUCUUACAGCCAUAAUACUGACAAAGCAUCAUGGGAGGUGUAGUUCAAAACAUCUAGAGUGCAGAAGGUACACACAGUAGAUCCCUAAAUACACUUCUACACACACACACACACACACACACACAAUUUCCUAUACACACUAUGGGUCCUUUACACACUAGAUCCCCUACACACACACACACACACACACACUGCACCACCUACACACACUACAUUCCUAAUAUACAAACUCUGGAUCCCCUGUGUACACACUACAUUCCUUGUAAGCAAACACAUACUACUUUCUCAAAACACACACUCUCUACAACCCCUAAGUCACCUACACACACACACACGCUACAGCCUGCAUGCACACACUCGCUACAUCCCCUAUGCACACUAGGCCUCCUAUACACAAACUCUCUACAGCCCCUAGCCACACAUAUUACACCACAAACAAGAAUGAAAUCGACCUAUUUACACAAUACCACACCACAAUCAGCUAACUCUACACACACGCAAUCCAAGAAGCAGGCUCCAAACACAUGCAUGAUAUGCUUUUCUGGCCUUUUUGUCCUCUGGUAUCCCACUUAUGGAGACACCAGAGACAAGUUAAGUGCAAACACAGUGCAAACAUAUUAUUAAAUUUGCUUGCACUGCGCAGAACAAAUACAGGGCUUUUUUCUCAUGCUAGAGCUUUUCAGCGGUGCUCUGCGCAUUGAACCAACAUGCUCACUUUGAGAGGGGGCGUGCUUGUCAUUAGUAAUGACAAAACACACCCUCUCUGCCCCCCCCUCACCCCAUCUCAGGGGGCCGCUGUGAUUGAAAAAUGCCCGGGCUGAAUUUAUUUCCCAGUCCGGCCCUGCUCCUAACCACCCAGAAGUCACCCAAGUGGCUGUUUACAGUGUAGUUUUCCCUGCAAGAUAAUUAUUGCAGUUUAUAAAAAUUGCAAUAAUUACAAUUGCAGGAUUAAGGGGCCUGGGACACUGUACCCAUACCACUUCAGUGAGCUGAUAUCCACAUCCCAAGGGCAGAUGGGAACGACUAAGACAAAAAGUAGCAAACCAGUGCCUUCCCUCCACUCCCGAGCUCAUCUAACAUGCUGUGAAAUGGACUUUUAAAUAAAAAUGACAUCCAGUUAUAAGCAUAAGUUAGUUACUGGAUUCUUUUUAAUUCUAUACGCAAUGCAUGAAAUGGUGUGAAUUACAUUAUGGACCAGUAAGACCCACUUAUUACCUUAUAAUUAACAAUGCCAAAAUGCCCACCGCACAUCUUUUUUUCAAAUGAAUGCCCAGUCCUUCUGGUGCCGACUCUUAAUAAUGGUACCAGAGGGAUGUACAGUGAAAUAAUGAUCAAAUAAUGCUAAACACCUCCUAGGAGGACCAAGGGCAUCACCAGCCCUAUUAAUAUAAAACAGAAUUCAUUUAAAAAUGAUUAUUAUGAGAUGCUGCUGAAGGUAAAAAUCUAACUAAAGUAGGUAUGCCUUUGAAAUUUUCAUCUCAUUUAAGUAAGAUGCAUUGAGGACAUGUGCAGCACGUGUAACAAGCACCAUGAACUGCCAAUGGAGUACUUCUCUACAAGAAGCAGUGAAUCAGAAUAUCAGUAUCAGAAUACUUUGCAUGCUAAUGCCAGGCAACGAAUUGAUUAAAUUAAAUCUAUUUGAGUUAAAAGCUUAUAGUGACUGUUUGUCAUGGAAAUUAAAUUUUUCAUUUGCAAAGCUGCAAGGGCAGUAUUUAUGCUCCAAAAUCACUUAAAGAUGAAGUUAUUUUUUGCUUGUAGUGUCCCUUUAAAUAUGUGAAUUCUAAUAGUUAGAUAGUUAUAUAGGUUGAAAAAUUAAUGUUUUGCACAUUUGUAUUGCUGCUGUUAAUCCAAAGAAGGUAAAAAUACAAUUUCAAGUGUUUUCUAAUUUUGCCAAAGAUUGGGAAAUACAAUUCUUUGUGAUUCCCUGUAAAUAUUACAUCCUUGAAGAUUAUGUUUAAACACCAUCCAGACAUUUUUUACAGUAUCUACAGAACCUGCUAAAAAAUACUUCUCCGGCAGAGAAUUCCACAUCUUUAAGAACUCUCUUCUCUGUCAUUGGUGAAGUCUCAUUUCUUCAAGCCUAAACUGAUGGUCUCUUGUCCUUUGUACAGUCCCAGUAAUCAACUGGCUACCAGAGAGCUGUUUGUACUGGCCCUGUAUAUACUUGUAAUGUUAUCAUAUCCCCCAUGAGCCACUUUUCUUUCUAAAGUUAAUAAUGUCAAGCUUUCUAGCCUUUUUUUUCCCAAGACUAAACUUUUUUAUUCCCCUUAUUAAUUUUGUAGACCACCUGGACACUAUUUCUUAGUGCCAGAUAAUCUUUAAAAAAAAAAAAAAAAAAAUAGGUGCUCAAAAUGUAAUUGAUAUAAGUCAACUGAAAUCUUCAUAGAAUGCAAUUACAUGACCAUACAUACAGUGGCGUACACACAAUCCAUGGGGCCCUGGUGCGAAAAUUUACCCGUGGGCCCUCCCUCACCUUCCCGGUGCUUACUCUGCGGUAUGUACGCCAGUGCAUGCAGAUACACAAACACUUAAAGGACCACUAUAGGCACUCAGAUCACUUCAGCUCAAUGAAGUGGUCUGGGUGCCAGGUCCAUCUAGUUUUAACCCUGCAGCUGAAAACAUAGCAGUUUCAGCGAAACUGCUAUGUUUCACUGAGGGUUAAUCCAGCCUCUAGGAGCUGUCUCACUGACAGCCACUAGAGGCGCUUCCCCGAUCCUCACUGUGAAAAUCAAAGUGAGAAGACGCUGGACGUCUAUAGGAAAGCAUUGAGUAAUGUUUUCCUAUGGGCGGUUUGAAUGUGCACACGGCUCUUGCCGCUCAUGCGCAUUCAGAGCUAAGAGGCGGAUAGAGGCGGAGAGAUCCCCAGCGCCAAGGGAGUCGGGCGCUGGAGAAAAGUAAAUGCCGAAGGGGUUUUAACCACACACACACACACUUUCAUGAACAGACACAUACACACUAACUGACACACACAUUUACUGACAGACACACACUCAGUGACAGACAUACAUACACACUCACUGACAGACAGAUACACAUACACUCUCACUGACAAACACACACACACUCACUAACAGACACACACAAACUAACACACUCAGUAACAGACACACUCACUGACACACACACACACACUCACUGACACACACACACACACACUCACUGACACAAACUAACACUCACUAGCAGACACACACUCAAUAACAGAAACACAAACUAACACACACACUCACUGACACACAAACUAACACACACACACUGACACUCACUAGCAGACACACACUCAAUAACAAACACACAAACUAACACACUCAGUAACAGACACGCACACACAGUGACACACUUACUGACACACACACACUAACACACAUACACACUCACAUUUUUUUUUUUAUUUAAUCCCCAGCCUCCCUACCUUUGGGAGUGCUGAGGGGAUUCCAGAUUUUCCUGGGGUCCAGUGGGGCUGCUGGGCGGCCGGUCCUGCAAGCAGCGAGGGAGCACUGAUCCUCCUGUUCAGCUCCAUCUUGCGCCGUUUAUUGAUGCCGGAGACGGAAUGACGUCAUAUUCCGGCUCCGGCAUCAGUGCGAUGCUAACGAGGGAGCUGGGCAGAGAGCGCUCAGGGGAGAAUGUUCCCUCGCGCACCCGCCAUGUAACGCCACUGCCAGCCCAGGGAGGCCUUGAGGUGGCCAGCUCCUGGGCCCCCCAGGAGAAGAGGCUGGCAAAAUGUGGCCACACUGGCGUACAUACAUACAAACAUACACACAUACAUAAGACCCAGACACUUCCUAAUGAUGUGAAAACAUGUUCUGGGUCUCACGGCACGAGGAGCACAUUUUGAAAAGUGCACAGGUACUUGUUCAUUUAUUAUAAAUACGCAAUGUUUUGAUUAUAUUUGAUAUUAAGAAAGACUUCAAUGGAUUCUACAGUGUUAGGAAUAAAAGUCUGUAUUCCUAACACUAUAGUGCCCUCUGGUCCAUCCUGCCUUGCUACCUCCAACCCCGCACAUAAAAGCUUAAAAACCCUUUAAUCACUUUCCCUAUUUUCCCUAUUUUAGCACUGAUGUCCAUCAGUGCUGGGCGGCGCUCCGCCUCCUCCGACGGGGGUGGAGGACUAAUGCGCAUGGGUGGCAAGUGCAAGGACUGCGUUAGGCCCUCCCAAAAGGAAAACGUUGACUCAAUGCUUUCCUAUACGGAUUUCACAUGAGGGCAUCCAGUGUCAUUUAGGCUACCUAGAGUAAACUCCUCGAAGCGCCUGGUAGAGAGCUACUAGAGGCUGUCUUAUUCUAUCUUAGUACUAACUCAAAAACUGCAAUUAGACUAAGGGGACAGAGACACUGCAAUGACCUAAAGUGCUCUGGUGUUCCUUUAAUUGUUACAGUUGACAAUUAGCAAAAUGAAACAUUCGCUUGUUGGAUUACUAAGUGAGAGUGCACCCAUUUACUACAUGGUUUUUGUAUAAACAGUAUUGAACAGCACCAAGGCAUUUGAUUUAAAGUGCCAGUGUAACAUUUUUGUUUGUAUUUAUAUAAUGAAUAUAUAUAAUAUGUAUAUAUAUAUAUUCCACCAAUACGCAUUAAGAUAAUUAGUGCUAGAGCACCGUAAGGGAUGAAUUUUAGUGUUACUAGUGUUAUUGUAGCAUGUUAGAGUAAUGUAGAAUUUAAUAUGUAGUAUAGUACGUACAUGUCCCAGUGCUGCCCAAGAUUAGUGAAAGCUAAAGUCCCAGAGGGCAGAAGCCACUCAGGAAUGUAACUCCCACUAAUCUCAAGCAGACUGAGGCAUGUUUGUUUCAGUCUGUCUGAUAUUAAGGCCCCCAGAUUGCAUGUAGGCGUUGUGUGCAUUACCCAUUCAUUACAGAGAAUAGCUGCACAGAGGAUGUCAACAUUUGUGCAGUAUGAUAUUCUAAAACAUGAUUUGCCCAUUAAAAUAAUGAAGAGAUCAUCUAAAUUAGUGGGACCAGGCAGAGUGUCUAUGCGUCAGCCUUGUUAAGCAAUCCCCCUAUUUUGUGGAUAGACCCACAUAUUUUCUAUUCUAAACACACUUUGUCACCGCCUCUUUGUGUACUACUCUCCACAGGUUUUUGAUCGAUACCUCUCAAUGUUGGGAGGUAUGCGACUGUUCAAGGAGUGAGGGAAUAAGAAAAUCCCCGACUACACAUACUUACUGCUCAAUGAAGUGGUCUGGGUGCCAGGUCCAGCUAGGAUUAACCCUGCAGCUGUAAACAAGCUGUUUACAUUAGGGUUAAUCCAGCCUCUAGUGGCUGUCUCAUUGACAGCCGUUAGAGGCGCUUCCGCACUUCUCACUGACAUCCAUUGUAAAGCAUUGAGAAAUGUUUUCCUAUGGACUGUGUGAAUGUGCGCGCGGCUCUUGCCGAGGAUGCGCAUUCAGCGCUGACGUCGGAAGAGGGAGGAGAUUUCCCCAGCACCGAGGGAGCCAGGCGCUGGAGAAAGGUAAGUGUUUAAACCCUUCAGCCCCCUUCAGCCCGGCGGGAGUGGGACCCUGAGGGUUGUGGGGAACGAAAGACCCUAUAGUUCCAGGAAAACGAGUGUGUUUUCCUGGCACUAUAGUGCUCCUUUAAGCUAUGCUUCCAGGUUAACUAUUACAUUUAAAAUUUACUUUGAAUCCUCAUUUUAGGGAAUAACUGACAACCGAUGCAAUUGUUUAUACAACUCCUGCAUUUAAUUAUAACAGUGAGUAAAAAAUACCUUGUGUACAUUAAAAUAACAUACAAUCAGGCCUUCUCAGUUUGGCAGAUUUGAUAUAAGAGUUGACAGUGGGGUAGGGACAGCACAUGGAUUGCCAAAGGAGCAACUCACCACCACAUACUAUUGGUGUUCCCAAAAAGGUAAAUAGCAAUGUCAGGGAUUGUAGAUGGGUGUAGAACAUUAAGAGCUUUACAACCUCAGAUUAAGGGUCAAGCCAGGUCUGGUACACUGCAAUAACGGAUGAGAUGAACUGAGAGUCAAGGACAUGUUGGGUCAGAAACAGAAGGACAGGAGUAACCAAUAAACACACUUAAGUGCUGUGAACUCAUGAAAAGACAAUGGUCUUAAUGCAGUAGUUUAAAAAAGGCCAGGCCCCUUGCAUCACAACAUUAUCAAUCUUGCACAGACACAGUGCGUAAAACAGCACGCCAAUUAAUAUUUAUAUAAGGUGCAAAGAUAGAUUGUGAUAUUAUAUAGAUAGAUGGUGACCAGAAUAACUCAGGUUCAUUUUGGUUAGAAUUAUGCUGGCUAGAUGGGACAGAUUGGCAAGAAAUUUACGUGGUUGUGCCAAUAUGUGCCCGGUCAGAUGAGACCAAAGUGAAGAUGAUGCUGGUGCGUCAAUAUUGGUAAGUGCUCUCAGAAUUUGACGCAGGCACCUGAAGGGCUGGGGAUAGCAAAAUUUGACACAUAAGCAUCAGAAUCAGAAUGUGGCAUUUACAAUGUUGUACUGAUUACUCGGAAAUUAUUUACAUAAAAGGCACUCUUUAAAUACUUGUUUUUCACUUGUGAUUCAUAGACCAUGGCACUUAGGCAUCUCAACAAUUUGUUAUUAUUAUACCACUGUAAUGGUAACAAGAAUUAACCUUUUUAGUAUAUCAACAUCUAUUGCUUCAUACAAUGAUACCUACAGCCAAUAGUAGUGGCUACUUGUGUGAAAAUUUCUUAUUUGAUUUAGGAGGCAAAAACAAUGGAGAAAAUCACUAGCACGGCCCUAUUCCAUCCCCACCUUCUCUCUUCUGGUUUAAUACCAUUUAAAGUUGGAAAGUGCAUUCCUUAUAUUAGAAUGUAAUGACAGGAGGUGCUAGUAUCAUAUUGAUGUUGAUUUGGGUUCUAGGGAACCAAAAUAGGAGGUGGGGUGGGCUAGGCCCUUAGGGAGGUGUCACCAGUGGCAUGACCCACGUAGAAGAGAGACAAGCUUCCCAUUGACAGGUUGCAUGGCAGUCCCCCAGCCUUCGGGACAAUUGAGCACUUCUGAAGAGCUACUUGCAUGGUCCUAGUACUCGCGAUACAACUAAUAAUGCACUCGCACUGUGCUGGCUGGGUAAAGUUCCCUGGUGCCCCGAGAUAUUGGACACCAGGGAACUGAAGCAUGACAGGACCCCAAAAUCGUGACUGUCCUAACAAAAGCAGGGUGUUGAGAUGCCUGCAGACACCAGCUAUGAGAUUGUGUGGUGGGACAUGGAUCUCCCCUUUGUUGCUAUCCUUACAAUACUCCAUUCAUAGGCAGCUGUAAUAGGAGGGCCAUGCUGCUUUCAUGUUCUUCCCCUAUUAACAGCGGAUGCUGGAAAGUACCAAAUAAUUUUUAAAUAUCCUGCACCACAUAACACAAGAUGGAAGAACAUGCAGGUGGACAAAACACAGUUACAUAACACAUAAGACACGCAUAUUUAAAGCGUAAAAUUAUAAAAAUCUAGGCACAUGCUACACAAACACACAAAACAAGUGUAUUACAUUACACUAGGCUUUAACUUUGAUAACAAAUGCCAUGUCAUGAAUGUGUGAACAGACUUCAUAUGGUGGAUUUAUUGUAUAAAAGUAUGCUUGUGGGUCUAUUUCUGUUUAUGCAAUGUUCCUCUAAAAAUUGAUGUUCUGAAAGAAGUCACAAAAAAUAAGAUUGUACGUUGCAUUUCAUGGAGAUUUAAAUAUUGAAUUUUUGCGGUUGUGGAAUCAAGCGCAUAUUUACCAAAAAUGGUGGUGUGCUGGAAUUUCUGUGUUUUAUUAUUAAAAUACAAUCUUGUAUGAUUCCAAACUUCUUCAUCCUGUUAAUUGCAUGCUUCCAAAUUAGACCAGAUGACCCCCUGGAGAGACCAGCUUUCAAUGGAUAAUUGUAGAUUCAUCCUCACUCAGUUAAUAGAUGGUAGAAAGUAAUGAAAGUUGUGCCAUGAAGCCAACUGCAGUAAAGACAGGCUGUCUGUCCUUGGGUUGAGGUACAACUAAUGCUCCUUAUUUAGUUAGAAGCUGCCUGUCACAUCAAUUUUUAUCACAACCUACACCAUUUGUACAAGUAUGCUAUAAUAUAAUAUAAAUGUACACAAUGGUAUAAAUAAAAUUCACAUUGUCCUAUCCCACUGGUAAGAUAAAGUGAACUAAAAAACUCAGCAUACCAUAUAGAUGACAUGUCCAUGCUUAAACAGUACAAACAUGAAAACACACACAAUAGAUCUUAGCACCGAGAAAUUGAUCAUCAUGCAAUACAAAUGUUUCCGUUUUGUUCUGUAAACAGCUAGUAGCUUGAACAUAUUUGACAUGAUGCCAAGUGUUUAUCUCAAUGUUCAGUCUGGGACUUUUUGUCUUUGUUUCUUGCUGAUGUUCUCCAAUUAUUUCUAACUUGGACCAUUGCUUUACUCUAUCAUCCAAAACAAGGUUCUUCGUCAGCUGUCCCUCUGCCAAGGAAUAUUUCAGCCAGUUCAAGCAUAUGGAAGAUCCGCUGGAGAUGGAAGGCAGCGUACAGUUGCGUAAGCAUGGCCGACGAGUGAUGGGUGCAGUCAACAGUGUUGUGGAAAACCUAGAAGAUGCAGAAAAGCUGACUACAGUCCUAUCAAUUGUGGGGAAAAGCCACGCACUGAAGCAUAAAGUGGAUCCUGUGUAUUUCAAGGUGAGGUAACAAAAAGGUCUAAGCAAUAGUUCCACUGGAACAGUUCUACCUCUACUUUUAAAAAAGUAAUUAUUUUCUCCAACCAUUAUUUUGUUGUAUAUUGUCAUUUUGUAAUGUCACCUUACAAUGUCCAUUACAAGCAGUGGAUUAGCCAUCUUGUGUUAGCCUCUGCCACUGAUGGUGCCAGCAGUGAAAUUCCACAAUUCCAUCAUCUUGUGCUUAUAAAUGGUCAAUGAUUUGUAAAUACACCUUAUUAUGUCAUAAUAAAAUUUCCUGUUUCAAUAUGGCAAUUCUCAUCUUGAAUGAUGUGGCUUGGAUAGACCACGACAUACAGGUUGAUGUUAACAUUUGAUUGCUUUGGCUACCUCCAUUAGAUCCUGACUGGGGUGAUGCUUGAGGUGAUUGCAGAAUACUACGCCAAAGAAUUCACCCCUGAAGUACAGCUAGCUUGGAACAAAGUACGAAACAACAUUUACACUCAAGUACAGGCAACAUACAAGGAGACGGGCUGGAAGCAGUAAAUCCAUGUGAGCCAACUAAUCACCAAGAGAGAACCGAGCCAAGGACUUCAGAUCACCCCAACCUGGGGCAGUUGGAGUGCAGGGUGGGAAAGGGUGGGUGGGAAAUCGGGUGGGAGGGCAUUUAACCUCUUUGCUGCAAUAUUGGACUACAGCUUAUCUGCCAAGGGUUUCUCAUAUGAUUAAAAUAGUACAGGCUGAUAACUGCUAAAACCAGUGUGGGGUAGGUUUUUUUCAAAAUUAUGGUAAAGUGUAGUAGAUUUGGUAUAGGUGAAUACAUUCCCUUUUCCCUUUCAUGAACUAUCCAGGAACAUUCAGAACAAACACGAGUGAACUGAAUUAGCGGGUGGAAAUCAAAAAGGAUAUGAUAUGAAAGGAGACUGAAAUGCCAAAACAUUUUGCAACCCCUGCCACGCACUGAUUUUAGGGAAUUUAUAUAUAUGGAAGAAAUAUCUAGCAUGUUAAGUAAAAUCAUUCUCAGACUGAUCCUGCCAAACUCCUGUCUGUUCUAAAUUUUCAGGCAUGAGAAACAGAUGAUGCUUUUCAAGAAUCACAAUUGUAACCUCUUAAAAAUGAAAAGGUUAAGAAUCAUUCUGAUGCAGACAAACCCACUCCAAAAUCUCACACUCAUGUUUGGCAAGCAGUUGUGUAUGGGGAACAUAGCCCACUCCCAAGAAUCUUCUCAUUGACGGGUGUACCUUAAAAAAAAGAGAAAGUUGUUGCAUCGUGAUUGGUAUUAAAAAGGUUCAUUACCUCCUGUUUGCAAUUAUUUUAUCCACAGGCGUUGAGAAAUUUCAGUGGGACCAAAUGUGAAUGGAAAUAUACAUUAAAGUCUAUUGAGAGGAAACAGAGAAAUAUAUAUUGAUUUAUGACAAAGGAUUUGGACAUGAGAUAUAUAUAUAUAUAUAUGUGUCAAAUUAAUGUCACAUUUUCUGUAUGAAAUAUAAUCUGAUGCUUUGCAUCUGCGGCGAUGAAGUGGCAAACCCACACCUGUAAUUCUGGAUACAGAAGUUCAAAGAGAAUAAGACUGGAAGAGAAUUAGAUUGUUUUAUUACAUUUCGUGGGUGGAAUGGAAUUAGGUUGUGGGUGGGUGAGAGGAUUUUGAAAUAGACCCAGCUGUAUACACCCCUGGGCUGUGUGAUGUUGUGUCAUAAUUUUGUCUGUCUUUAUACUGUUAUGUUUUACUGUGAUCUAUAAAUAAACACAUACCUAUUGGAGCUGUAAUAUGAUAUGUGUCAGAACGUGUACACAAGGUGGAAAAUCUAUAGCUGAAGGGGGACAUCACAAGACUGAAAUUCAAGGUAACCCAUGUUGUCUAAUAAAUAAUAUGAUGUACAAUCAGAAGCCUAUUUUAUUUGACAUUUUAGAUCAUGAGAUGAAUAUAUAAACCAUGCAUGGUUGCCAAUUCAUACUUAAAAUUUUGCACAAAGCUGGCUAUGUUUGAAUUGUGCUUCUUGGCAACACUGGACGUCAGGGAAGACAUCAAUUUAUUAAUCACGGUGGUUUCCAUUAGAUUCCCUACCUCGAUUAAUUAAUUGAUUUGCCGCCACGAGAAAAUAGAUGCUGCAAUCUGCCAGGCUGCACAAAAAAAUAUGAAUCAAUAGUGUGAACGUUGUAUCACAAUAUCACAGAGAAGAGUUGGCCAACGUGAAAGGAAAUUUUUACCAGUAUUUUCGUUUGUCUGUUUUAAGUUAAUUAUCAGGGAAUGUAGCUAAUAUUUAGCAAUAUCUAGCCUAUAUAUUGUGGUAGACUUUAUUUCUAAAUAGGUCAAUGUAUUUAAGAUCUUUCUAAAUACAACAUAAUG